AUGGAACCAGAACUACGUCACUACCUUGUCAACCAAAGGGUAGAAUUUGUGUUCAACCCUCCAAGUGCACCCCAUCAUGGAGGCGUGUGGGAGAGGGAGAUCAGAUCAGUCAAACAUGGCCUCAGAGUGUCACUUGGUCAACAGACUGUUACCGAAGCAACCUUGCGCACUGUCUUGUGCGAAGUCGAAGGCAUUCUCAACUCGAAGCCACUUUCCUACGUGUCAUCAGAUGCUAGAGAUUUGGACCCAAUCACACCCAACAUUCUCCUAAUGGGGCGGCAUGACACAUCUUUACCUCAGGUUGUGUAUCCUGCGGACCAACUCCUAAGCCAGAAGAGAUGGAGGCACAGCCAGGUCCUAGCGGACUUCUGGACCCACUUCAUAAAAUCCUAUCUGCCCGACAUGCAGCUACGGAGCAAAUGGCAGAAACCAAGAGUCAACAUCCAGGAAGGAGAUGUCGUCAUGAUUGUUGACAAUCAGUCAAUCCGUGCCCAGUGGCCAGUGGGACGUGUGACCCAAACUCACCCAGGACAAGAUGGUCAUGUUCGGACGGCCACAGUAACUGUUAAGAACAAGGACUAUACGAGGGCUGUGGCCAAACUCGUCCCUCUGCCAGAAUGUCCAGUGGACCCAAAUGACACUUGA